AUGAAUCCAAUUCCCGACUCCCAAUGGAUUGGCUCAUCAACGUUGCACAAAUGUCAGUUGAAUCUGUGCAAUGUAGUCAUAAUUGCACUAUUCUCCCACCCACAUUUCUCAAUAUCACUAAAAGAGAGGAAGAGAGCUUUUAUUUUUUUUAUUUUUUACAGAUUGAAGAGCAAAGCAUUGGUGAUGGCGAUGAUGGAGAUAACCGAGGCGUAUGGAGUGAUGGCAGAUGGAAAUAAUAUUGUUGUAGGGGACAACAACAACAACAACAACAACAGUAUGAUGAAUCCUCCCACUCCCACUCCCACUCCCACCAAAAGAAGUCGCAGCCAGAGGCGUAGGCGUUCUUCCCUCAACUUCACUUCCCUGGAUUUUCUCUCACACGUGCCACCACCUCCUCCUCCUUUGCCCGCCGCACGUGUACUUGAACCAACAGGGUUCAGAUUUCUCUUUGACAAGCAGCUCCAGAACAGUGAUGUCAGCUCCCUGAGAAGAAUCGUUGUGCCCAAGAAAGCCGCUGAGCGAUAUCUUCCAGCUCUUGAGAUCAAAGAAGGGUUCCCCAUCACAAUGGAUGACAUGGAUGGUAUCCAUGUUUGGAGUUUCAGAUACAGGUACUGGCCAAAUAACAGCAGCCGAAUGUAUGUGCUUGAAAAUACUGGUGACUUUGUCCAAACACAUGAAUUGCGCCAAGGAGACUACUUUGCACUCCACUACAAUGAUCAAAAGCAGAUUUAUGGCAUUGAAGCGAGGAAAGCUGGAAGUGGAGCCGUAUUCCGUGGUUAUGAAGCGGAGGACGUGAUUUUAACUGAUUAUGCACAGGCUGCAGAUGAUGGGAAUGGAGCGCUUAUUAUGAAUGAACCAGAAAUGGAUAUGUCCAGCUUUUACUUCCCUGCAAUGGACAACGAGAUGGGCAUGUCCUUCAUUUAUGAUACCAGCUUCUGGAACGAGCCUGCCUUCGAUUUUGUAGGGGGUCCUAUGACCUAUUACUCAACUAAUGUGUAUCCAAUGCCAAGCUUUGGGUCCAUUGAAGACAGCUUCAGUGUUGAUGAUUUCUACUGA